UUCCUUUUCUCGUUCGCUGGCACGGAGGGAGCUGACAAGAUGAAUGACACAGUGACCAUAAGAACUAGGAAGUUCAUGACAAACAGACUGCUUCAGCGCAAGCAGAUGGUGAUUGAUGUUCUUCAUCCUGGGAAGGCCACAGUCCCCAAAACAGAAAUCAGGGAAAAGCUGGCGAAAAUGUACAAGACAACCCCUGAUGUAAUAUUCGUAUUUGGCUUCAGAACUCACUUUGGUGGUGGCAAGACAACAGGCUUUGGCAUGAUCUACGAUUCCUUGGACUAUGCAAAGAAAAAUGAACCAAAACACAGACUUGCCAGACAUGGUUUGUAUGAGAAGAAGAAGACUUCUAGGAAGCAGCGGAAGGAACGUAAGAACAGAAUGAAGAAAGUCAGGGGUACAGCUAAGGCAAAUGUUGGUGCUGGCAAGAAGAAAUGAAGUAUCUAGCAGUAACUGGAUGUACUUCAGGUGUGGAAAAUGGAUAACAGGCUACAUAAUUCCAUCAAGAAGUAUGGGAAGAACUGCUCUGGAAAGAAGCUGUUCAUCUGGCUUUAACAUUAAAUAAACUAUGUCAGUCAAA